AUGUCGUCCUCCUCAAAACCAGAAGAACAAUUACAACACAUUGUUGACUAUGAAGGUGAAAAGGAAAAAUUCCCUCAAUGGUUUAUGAGACAAUUUCAAGAAAUCCCUCCCAAUGGUUGUAGCUUAGAGGAUUUCACAGUAUAUUUUCUGAAUUCUCUGCGUCAACAUACGGAACAACAUUUAAAAGUCAACAGCACUGCUGCUGGUGGAGGUUCUGAUACACCAAAAUGUCAAACCCCUAUUAAAACACCAAAACCUGCUACAAAUCAAACCCACGAUGAUUCUUUGGCAGUCAGAUUUUUAACAAGCCACAAUGCGGCUGCCUCAACACCAAAUCAAAGCACACGAAAUGAAAUAUCGCAGACAUCGUUUGGUGAUUGGACUAAUAAUCAUCAUUCGGUUCCACGUCUAAGUACCUCUGUGGAUCGCUCGAAUAUCUCACACAAGAAUCUGACAUCAACACCAGUAAAACGUAAUACCUCGGGAGGUAAUUCCAGACGUUUGUCCACUACACCAGGAUCAACAAAUAAAAGUGCCUCAACAAGUUUAUGUUUGGGCGAUUUUCUGGUUGUCAGCACGCCCACAAGUCACAAUCGUUCUAAUAAAAAGAAAAAUACCUCAGGAACAAAUGUAACACAACACAGUGUUGGUGGAGGGGGUGGUACUGCUUCGGCUGCAGACAAACCCAAGAAACGUGUACAACCCAUAAGCAUUAGCAAGAAAGUGGACAAAUCUUCGGCCAACAACUCAGUAUUUGCUGGUGAAAGCUCCUUCAGCAAUGAAAAUAAUAUUUUGAAAAUUUCCCACACUGAAGUGGAGGAUAAGGAUCAGUGUGCUAUUAUGGCUGCACGUAAAACACUUAAAUCAAAUGCCAGCGAAAUAACCAAGGAAUUGGCGCCACAAUUAGUUACGACAAAUCUGCCCUUGACAUCCUCAACAUCACUUGUGUUGGCAGCAAGUACUCCCACAAAAACUAAAAAUCCUUUGACCAUCAUUGAUGAUGAUAUGCCGCCUUUAGAUUUUGAAGAUAUGGUGGGAAAUAAAUUACUACAUAGAUUGGCUGAUAUUUAUGUUAUCCUAAUUACCAAUCACUUGACAACCAACUUUUUAAAUGAUUUGUCAUUCCUAUUGAAUUUGCUCAACGCUGCUCCUGCUGCAUGCAUUUCAUCGAAUACUGUAGCGGAUGCUUUUAAAAAGCUUGAGUUGCAAGAUAUUGACGAUGCAGCAAGAACAUCCAAAAUUCUUCGGUGCCUGGAAAAUCUAAAAUAUGCCAUAUAUUUUGCCUUACAAUGUCUGUGCCAAUUGAAGGAACGUUUGGCCAAUCUCGAUAGCAAAACCCUAAAAGUUGUUCUUACCAAUGAACGUUUUUCCUAUUUUCCCGAAGAUAUGCGUAACUAUCUGCUUGACAUUUAUCAAAAGAAACAACAAAUCAUUGCCGACAAUCCCAUGCAUGAUGCCUCAUUUUGCUUGGACUCAAAAACGACAACGGGACAAAAUAAUGUCUAUUUCCAGCAAGAACAAGAUACACGUCACAACUUUAGUUCCCAUCAGGAAUUUGCCAAUUUUCGCCCCCAGCGAGAUUUGUUCUGCAAAUGCCUGAAGUUGUGGGAGGCUAAUCAUUUAAAUCCUAAUUGGAAAUUUGCCAUUGAAAUAAAACCCAUUAUUCGGGAAAUUUUCCAACAGUCGGAGAAUUGUGUGAAUAUGGCCCACUUUGCAAAAUUGUUUGUUUCUCAGUUGCUACUGUCGGCUUCAAGUGCGGCAACGCCGGAGGAGAUUGGACUGGAAGUGGACCUUCAGAAAUUCUCGAAGUUGACACAACGUCUCAUAGCACCUAGUCAAUUCAGUGUGGACUAUCAAUUUCCCCGGGCCCAGGCAUUCUUUCGUGAUUUCAUUUUAAAUGCCCGUUCGUUGCCAUUUGCCGAGCAAUUGAAAAUGGAACUGUACAGUGAGCUGUUGUCGCUGAAUGAUUCCACAUUCGAUCAUGUCAAUAUUAACAAGACUGAGGCCGAUAAUAAUGAUAAUUCCUUGAUAGCAGACAUGGCCCAACAUGAACAGGUGGCCGUAAGGCCAGAGAUAUUAAAUGCCAUGUUGAUUUUGGCCAAGUUCCUUGGUUUCACCAUCAGUUUGCCUUAUUCCAAUUGUGGUAUAAUACCACCGUCCAUGGAAAAGAAACAGAUACGUUUAAGAUCUCUAUUACAGCCUAGCUUUGAUCUGCACAAUGUCCUUAAAGAUGGCGUAGAAAAGGGAAAACUAUUAAUUACCAUACCAUGGAUGGUCCAAUAUUUAUGUAUGCUUGAUAAUAUCACCCUACAACUGGAGGUCCACAUACGGGCUUUAAAAUUAAUGUUUGCUUUAUAUUGGUAUUUGGGUGACCCUGCUGCAGCUGACAGUAGCAUUUUAAAUCGUACAUCCUGCUUUAUAAUUGCCUCUUGCCUGGGUUGGUUAUUUGAUUCCCAGCAAUACUUAAUUGAACAGUACUAUCAAUUUCGUUCAGAUCCCAUUGAAAAUCGAGAGUUUUUGGAGUACCUAAAAAGUAAAUUGCAAAAUAACCAAGAAGACUGUCAAGAGAUUUGCUCUUCUAGUCAGCAGGAUACAGCGGACGGAGGCUUAAAUCAUCUUUUGGAAUCCCUAUUGCCAGUUGCCUGCCCAUUUUUGGGUGAAUUCCGUGUAUCAAUUAUGCCGGCCAAAUAUGCCCAAACAAAAUAUGCCUCAAGAACUGGACGGUAUCGUCAUAUUACAACACGUCUGGCUGAAUUAUCACCAGCAGCAGUAACUGCCAAAGAUGAUGACAAACCAACUGCGGGUGGUUCACUCCUGGACACUUCGAGGACAACACAAAAAAAUCUCAUGCAAGCUUUUAUACAAUCCCAGAACUCAUCGACACGCCAAAUGUUGGGUUUUUGUGGUGAACGUGCCUACAAGUGUGUCGUCAAAGAUGGCCAAUUGAAAAUACUACUGCCAGCUAAAAGCAAAGCAGAUCAAGAAGUAAAUGAAAUCAAUUCGUGUGACUAUAACACGGUAUUCAAUAAAAUCAAACACAUUUACAGUUCGGCCCGUCAUACAGCCAUAGGCAAAUGGAAUGAAGACAUUCCAAAAAUGCUGGAUAAACGCAUCAAAAACUCUUUGGAGAGUCUACUGCCCGAAGAGACACCCGACAUUUUGAAGAAAACCUAUUUUAUGAUUAUCAAGAAGGAUGCCGAAAAAAGGAUAUCCCAGUGGUUCUACGGCAACAUUUUACGGGAUAAUUAUUUUUGUGUUGAAUUGCCAACAAUGGCCAAUAAAUUGUGUUCGGCCAAUAAGACAAAACAACCCUCAGAAUUGAAAAUUUUGAAUGAAGUACCUAGUGUUUCGGAACUAAUAGAUAACUUACAAUAUUGGCUGCACUGUACCUCAUUGAGGGUGGAACUAUUUAAAGAUUCCAAACCCAUUGUCGAUCUCAUGCAUAAUAUUAGACAAUCGUUCGAUAAUGUCCUGCCCACAAUUCUAUAUCGCCUCAUGGCCACGAAUAUUAUCCAACUUUUACAACACAUUAUCACGGCGAAUUGUAAACAUUUAAGUGACGAAUUGAUUGAUGCUUCUUGUAAAAUUUUUCUACAUCCAAAUAUGCGUAAAGCAUUAGAGAUGUCAGCAAAGCAUACAACGGAAGAACAAUCAUCACAACGUCCGCUUGGCAUCUACGAUGGAUUAGUUACAAUUGCAUUUCUUCAGUCACUGGCCUUGCGCACCGAAUGCUAUACAGCAUUUGGUAAUUUAAUUAUCAGCAUGAUUAAGCAACAAAUAAUCACAAUGAGUUAUACAAAUAGCCUAUUUGUGAAUAUCUUCAAAUAUGAUUGGCAUCCCCAGCAAUUGAAUGAAAUAUCGAAUAUGUUAAGAACUAUUGCAAAGAACACCACAGAUGUACCGACGAACACCAGCUGCAGUAGAGAUUCGGACAAUGAUGAUGACAACGGCGAGGAGGAGGAGGAUGAUGAAAAAUCAAAUCUUUUUAUGGAUAUGUUGGCCGAUUUAUCGAGAGAUAUUGAUCUAUAUUAAAUGUGUGUGU